UACAAAAAGAAGUAUUUUUCUCGUUUGGAGUUUCUCUCUCUCUCUAACCAUAAAAAGCUAUCAGAAUUCAGAACCCACAAAGAAAGAAAAAAGGAAUUUUUAGCAGAGCCGCCCCAGAAAGAAAGCUAGAGAGAGAGAGAUGCCUCUCUCUCCUUUUUAACUCAAUUUUGGUUUUUGGUGGAUUAGGUAUAUUAAGACGUCAAGCCCAGUUGCUAUUCUUGGACACUGCGUGUGUGUGUUUGUGUGUAAGAGAGAGAGAUGGAGAUGAUGUAUUUGCAGGUGGGCAGUUCCUCUUACCAGGAGUCUCUCAAAGUUCUCGAGGCUGAUAUACAGCAUGCUAAUGCAUUGGCUGCUGCAAUUCCAAGAGGCAAGAGUGGUGCACGUCUUCAGAUGAAAUUAGUUUGCAAUCAAUGGACUCCCUUCUUUCUCUUUUUGCUACAACGGAUAGAUUGUUCUUGCAUAUGUCUACUCCCUAGAUAUCUAAAUCUCUUUCACAUACUUGUAUAUAAGGUAUAUGCAGAUGGUAGACCAAACCUAUUUACACAUGGAAGGAAAGCAACAAUUAAGGAAUUCUAUGGUGUUAUAUUACCAUCUCUUCAACGGCUUCAUAGUAAUCUGGAGGAGUUAGAGGAUGUUAAGGAAGGGCAUUUGGGAAUGGAGAGUUUGGGGAAAAAGAGAGUGGAAAGAGAUAUUAGGCUUGCCAAUGUUGAUAUAGAGAGAGAAGAUGAAUGUGGAAUUUGCUUGGAGCCUUGCACAAAAAUGGUCCUGCCUAAUUGUUGCCAUGCAAUGUGCAUCAAAUGCUACCGCAAUUGGAACACAAGGUCGGAAUCCUGCCCUUUUUGUCGUGGGAGCUUAAAGAGAGUUAACUCAGAAGACUUAUGGGUGCUCACUUGUAACAACGAUGUGGUUGACACAAAAACAAUAUCCAAGGAGGAUUUGUUGCGCUUCUACCUCUAUAUCAACAGCUUGCCAAAAGAUUACCCAGAUGCUCUUUUCUUAGUAUAUUAUGAAUAUCUAAUGUGAAUUAGAGAAGAUGAGAGGAGUGAUGUACAGAGAGCAAAAGCCGACCCUCUAAUGUAAAUAGAGUCUGGUAAGCACACGAUUGUUCCUCUGAUUCUUAGACCAAAAAAAAUAAAUCUCAACUGAUGUUUGUUGGAGUUUCCAAAUUCAAUUAGCCUAAGCUUUAAUGUCAAAGCUCUUGUUGGUGGAAAGGUACAUUUCCUCGUGCGUAAUAUGGAAGAGGCUCUUAAAGGUUCAAUUUAAGCUCACAGGCUUGUUGAAAGUGCACGUAAAAGCACUUCUGUACUUGUUUAUGCUUUUCAAUGGCAAAACCAACUUGUGUU